GGCCCGCGGGAGGCAGAGAGCAUGAAGCGUAGCCCGCAGCAGGCCAGGCCUGAGUCCCGGACCCCACCUUCCGCCCCAUCUACGACCCCUACUCCAGCGUGGGCUGCGGCCGACGAUAGCGCUGCAGAACCUAUUGGCGGUCUACAGGAAUAUUAUUAUGAGCUGUGUAUGGAAAAGUCCCAGGAAAUUAAACCUUUUAUAUUGCAUAUACUCCAAGAAGUGGAUGGAGAAAUUGAAAAGGGUUUGGCAGGAAUCACAUUAAAUGUUGCUGGUAACUGUCACUUAAUGCCAGUAGAAAGAGUAACAGGUGAAGAUUUCUGGAUUCUUUGCAGAAUUUUAGAGAAUAAUCCAUAUAUUAAUGGUUUGGAUGUUAGAUAUAACCUCAUAAGUGAUGUUGGCGCAUCCUAUGCUGCAAAACUGCUUCAGAAGCAACAUAAUCUCAUUUACUUAAACCUUAUGUUUAAUGACAUUGGGCCUGAAGGUGGAGAACUGAUUGCUAAAGCACUACAUAAGAAUACAACUCUGAAACACCUAAGAAUGACUGGAAACAAGAUUGAAAAUGAGGGUGGAAUGUUUUUUGCUGCAAUGCUACAAAUUAAUUCAUCCUUAGAGAAAUUAGAUCUGGGUGACUGUGAUCUGGGAAUGCAGAGUGUGAUAGCAUUCGCUACAGUCCUAACUCAAAACCAAACAAUUAAGGGAUUAAACCUAAACCGACCUAUACUGUAUGGUGAACAGGAAGAGUCCACAGUUCAUCUAGGCCACAUGUUGAAAGAAAAUAAGUGCCUUGUUGAACUACACGUGUGUAAGCAUGACAUAAAAAACUAUGGUAUGAAACAGUUAUGUGAUGCACUGUAUCUGAACAGAAGCCUACGCUACCUUGAUGUAAGCUGCAAUAAAGUAACUCAGGAUGGAAUGGUGUGUUUGGCCGAUGUACUGAAAAGCAAUACUACUCUGGAAGUAAUAGAUCUUUCUUUUAACAGAAUAGAAAAUGCAGGAGCAAACUAUCUCAGUGACACUCUUGCUUCACACAACAGGACUCUUAAAGUGUUGUCAGUGGUAAGCAACAACAUACAGGGAGAAGGACUUGUUGCACUUUCACAAUCAAUGAAAACAAAUCCCACACUCUCUAAUAUCUACAUUUGGGGAAACAAAUUUGAUGAAGCUACAUGUGUGGCAUAUUCAGAUUUAAUUCACAUGGGCCGUCUAAAAUCAGACAAUACAGAUGUGGAGCCAUUUGUGGUGGAUGGACACGUGUACCUUGCAGAAGUCUCCAAUGGCCUUAAAAGGCAUUAUUACUGGACACCAGGUUAUGGAGAAGCUUGCAGCCCAUCAUCUAAUGCAGGUCUUACUCUUGUACCAGUAGGUCAAUAUCUAUGAAAAGCAAGCUUUAAUUUUCAUAUAUUUGUCUUAUUACUUUUCACAGAGAUUACAUUUUAUUGUCCAUUAAAUUUUCUUUCAUAAAUUAGAACAGGUGAAAGAGAUACUAAACUGUGAAUAACUGUCCACUGUGAAAAACUGAGUAGUAUAAUUUUUUCAAAGAAAUUUAGCAAAAUAGGGACUAAAAUUUGAACACCUGGAGAAGGAAAUCAAGGAACUAAUUUCUUUUUAUAAAAAAAAUACACCCAAAGAGUAAAGUAGCAUACAAGGAAAGGUCAUUAUAGGUAUCCUAACUGAAAGUUGUCAUGAAGUGGUAAAAAGAUUUCAGGUGGCAGAUUCCAGCGACUGUCAAGGGGUUUAGAGGUUGAAAAAGUAUUUUAGGUAUUUUACAAAUGGGUAUUGAUACAAUUUCACAAAUACAGGCAAAUAUAUAUAAACAUACACAUAUACAAAUACAUAUAAAUGUAUACUUUCCAAACAAGUCAGUGCUGCCAGUGAACUUUUUAAAAAGAUAAUUCCCUCUUUUGGAGGAUGCCAAUAACAUUUUCAUGAUUUGAUGGCAAACAAUUACUGUGUCUGUGGUCAAUCCUGUUUUCAAAUUAAAAUUUCUAUGAAGAGGCAACAGACACCACGAUCCUUUGAUUACAGACCCAUGUUCACAAAUUAAUUCAUACAUACCACUUAACUGUUUAAUCUGAAUGAUUUAUUACUGCUAAAGCUGGGCAAAGUGUGAGGAAAAAAAAUUUUAGGUGAACAAUUUAAAGAGGUUACUUUAAGUUCUGCAGUCUAAAUGGAAAAGCCAUCUAUCUCUAAACGCUGAGAGAGGAAUAAAGGUGACAGCUUACAGUUGUCAAAGUACUGGCCUUCACUUAAAGUACUGUGAAUUCCUCAAAUCAUAGCUGUAUUUAUUCAAAAAAUUUAACAUUACAAAAAAACCCCACGUCACUGUCCAUUCCUUUAAUAGAUUAAAGAAUUAAGAUAAAAUAAAUAUGCCCUACUCACUACUUAAUGAUUUUUAAAGUUUAACAGGUUUUUCCUUAUAUUCAGCACCUCAUACCACACUUACAUACUCCCUGGGGAAACUGCGGUGGUGGUGGUGAGGGGGUGGCACAGAUGGUGGUGGUGGUUAUGAAAUGGGAAGAACAUCUGAAUAAAUUAUAUGAGCCAUGAUUUGCACUUAAUGUUCUACAGCUACCGAGCCAGAAAAGACCUAAAUGCCUUACCAAAUCCAUUCUCAUGCUUUCAGAGAGAUGAAUUUUAUUUUACUCUUAGUUAUUAGCUUUUAUCAAACUUUAGUUUCCAAUGUUCUCUACAUGUUUCAGAUCUUACUUUCUUUCCACUUUAAGAUCUCUCCUCUGCAGAUAUAAAGACUAGCUGUUUUUUACAAAGUUUUUUUACAUUAUUACAUGCUGAAUAUAGCUAGAAAUAAUUAACUGUAUCUAAAAAAAAGUUGUAGGUCCGAGGAAAGUCAUGUCUAUAUAGUGUUAAAAAUGCAAUAGGAAAUUUUUAAAAAUUUGUCUUUUGAUCAAAUUUGAAAAACUGCAGAAUUCAAUGAGUGCAAGAAAACCAUGGUAUAGAAAAAAAUACAUUUCUAACAACUGUCAUUACAUUUGGAAAACAUUCAGCUGGUGAGGAAAUGCUACUCCUAGCAAUUAGAGAGCCAAUAAUCUCAGACUUGAGAAACACUAUGACAGACUUCUGUGACAGACACUUGAACAUCUGUCCAAAGAGUAAAGAGAGUUUAAAAUGAAGAUACUAAAU